CGUGUGCGGCAGAGCGACUGAGAAAGCUUCGCGUCGGUGAGGAGGGCAGUCACAUCCACAACGGAUACCACCGGCGCGCGUUGCCUCACGUUUCGGACGCACACGAUGGGGGAAGACAGGACCACGUGUGCGGAAAAGAAAUGCAAUGAUGUCCACCUCCCCUGUCGGCACAGACAUUCUUCUACCAUUUCAUCGGGCUCUGAAGAUGCGGAGACCGAAUCUACAUCUACUGGAUAUCAAGAUGAUGAUCGAGAAGAAGAACUUGAAUAUGGUCCGGGAAUUGUCAACAAGCUACGGACGCGUUUCCUGACAAUCAGCCUUAAGCAGAAUAGAGGCUGUGGCAUGAGAAGGUCCUGUAGUAUGGAGAACUUGCUGGACCAGGACAGGCCUUGCAGGGGUAAUAUUUUCUCGACUGCUAAAAGGCUUGGUGAUGAGAGCGAUGAGGGAAAGAACACCAUAUGGGGUAACCUGAAACGUGCGAAGAGCAUGGAUACUUUGCUCAUGGACCUCCAGGCUGCACCGAAUAAUGCAGAACUGCAUUGCGAAUCCAGUAUCAAGGAACCGAAAAUUAUUCGAAGGAGAGACGGUGGAUUGAAUCGGGCAGUGCCUACUAUUUGCGAUGAGGAAUUACCUAAACCUGACACGGUUAAGACCUACAAGCGGAUGUUCGAACCAGCUGAGUCCAGAAGGGGCUCUCACAGUAGAAGGCCUCCUGUGUUGAGGGCCAGUGCGAAGUCGGGGGUCCUUGCGGCCUCGAAGAUUAAUGGAGUCAUACCAAGUUCGAGUGCCAAAGUGAACGGAAUAGUGACGAAAAACAAAUUCAGUGCCAAACAGUCUGCUCCCGUUAAAGCUCAAAUCAAUCAAGAAUCUGCCAUUUGUUCCAGUUCGAUUGUAAAACAACCACUUGUGAAUGGAAACAGUGAAAAACCACUUUUGAAUGGAAAUCAUACCGUGAAAGCCACUCCAUUAAAAAUCACUAAGCCAGGUUUGUGCAAUGGGAAGGAAGCCGAAAAGAGCAACAAUCAGUCUUUAUGUAAAGAGGCAGAAAAAGCUGUCUUCGGUGGUAAUAAUACGAGCAGAAAGGAAAUUCAUUUCGUACAUAACGCGGACAUUAUCUGCAAUGGAAACACCAGCAACAAAGAAUUCCUUAAAACUAAAACAGUUGAAGAUUCUUUGAAUAAUUCUGGUAAGCGUAUCAUCACCAAUAACAGUGUAACAAACUGUAAGCCCAAAGUGCCCCCGAACAGACCUACAUUCUUGAAGAACGCUGCAAAGUCACAUGAACCUAAGGGGAACGAUCGUAAACCUGCGACACUGGUUAAACCAAAAUCCAAUACCGUUGCCUGUCCUAAAAUAAACUCUAAGCAGAUAGUGAACAAUGAAGUGGAAAAAGAAUCCCGGUUAAUAAGUGAGAACGAACUGUCGAAGGAUGUCAAACUUAAUGGGAAUAGUCAAACAUCUCAAGAGCGAGUGAAUGACCUAGGGAAGAUAGUGGAAGAUAACAAUCGCAAAAACGUUGAAAAACGUGCUUCUGAAGUAAUAGACAUGGUCUGUCUGGAUAAAAUACCUGCAGAAAGCAAUGGUCUCGAUAAAGAAGCGAAAGAUGACGGCGAAAAACUCAAUGGCGUUUCAGAAAGCAUUGCGAUUGAUGUAAAAGUGGAAGUUGAAGUGAAACGUGAUAUUAAAUCCAUAAAAAAGGCACAGACAUCGACUUCCCCAGUGACUUCAAUGGUAUUUGAUUUUCGAGGUAAAGAUGUUGUGCCUCAUGUAGCUGUUCUACCAACACCUUUUGGGUGCAAAUCAUUGCAUCCCAAGAAACGACCCCUCCUCGUCGACGGCAAAGAAGUCCUUAAUGGGAAUGGGGUCGCCACGGAUGAUGAGGAUGAGGAUUAUGUGGAUUAUAGUGUACCUCCACCCUCUGGUGUGGUCUUCGAAGGCGAGAAUGUCAAAAUUGGUCGGGGAUCCAUGCUUUCGACAAGAAACAAAGACGUGAGUAUUUGCAUUUGA